AUGGGGAGGCUGCCAGACGUCCAGAACGCGGCGGCGACGCCAGCGAGCGCCUCUCGUGAAAACUCUGCGAAUUCAUCCAGUGCAAACAGUGCUUCGAAGGCUCCUUUUCCAGAUCCCCCACCAUGCUUCGGAUUAGGGCAGCUCACUCGACAUAAUGCGAUGCAGCUGAAGCAGCUCAACCUCGCAACUCUCCCCGUCACUUACGGAGACACGCUGUAUGAACAGCUCCAGCGACAUAGCGAGUUCUCGCGGCUUGGCUACUUGGGAGAAGUGAUGGUCGGUGCCAUCUGCUGCCGAGUAGAAGCCCCUGCAGCUCCAGCUCCAGGCGCCGCCAAGAAGAAACACCGUCUGUACAUCAUGACGCUAUCAGUCCUAAAGCCUUACCGCAGAUACGGCGUUGCCUCUGGUCUUUUGUCCUACGUGCUCUCGCGAGCGUCUCAGCCACAGACAGGCGUCGAGUUGGAGGACUGUUACCUGCAUGUCUGGACUGAGAACAAGUAUGCUCUUGCCUUCUACGAGAAGCGUGGCUUCGUCAAUGAAGGAAUCCAGGAAAACUACUACACAGAUGUCACUCCAACGUCUGCCUACAUUCUGCGAGCGCCGCUGCCUUGGGUCUAUGCAGACCCUAAACUUGCAUCAAGAGACGCCGACGACUACGACGUCACGCAGCACAACCUUGUCGCCGCGGUCUCGCCACCUGGCAGCAAGUAGCGAGUCGAAGAGAAAUCAGGAAAAGGGAUCUUCGCUAGCACAGGAGAUCGUCAUUUGGGGAAAGCGGGGCAUUUACAGAACGUGGGUACUCCUCUGUUUUAGGGGCGAUGGCAGUGACAAGAGACGGAAGAGGUGCGGAUGUGAAAGGAUCGGAGAACAAUUGG